CUUUACUUAAAAUAUAUUACUCACACGCUUUUUUUUUUUUUCUUUAUUUACUUUUUUAUUCAGCAUGACUAAUGUUGAUGUAAUGAAUUCCUCGAUGACUGAAAUUUCUACUUUUACACCUUCUCUUGGACUUCGGUAUUGGAUGAAUAAAAUGAAAAGAACUUCAACACCACAAGAAGAAAUAAACAAAUUACCAGAAACAUCAUCAACCAAAGGAAAUACUGAUAUUGGAAACAAACAAUCUACAAAUGACACACAAAGUGCAGUUAGCAUUUCAGGUAUCACAACAAGUUCUUACUUUGGUAUUGGUUCAGUUCAUGGUGGCGAUAUUGACUCUUCAUUAAGAGUUCAUCAUCAAUGUGCUUCUUCUGAAAGGUCAAGUUUUUUAUCAGAUGAUAUUCAAUCCAAUGCCUCUAUCAAAAGCAAACCAUGGAUAUCCAAAUUGGUGAAUACCUCGGUAAAUAGUCCAACUACUUUUCCUGAUGCAAAUAGCUCCAUAACGAAAGAUACUUCUAACGAUGAUAAAGAAGAUGAUGAUGAUAUCAAUGAUGAAUCUUCUUCUUCGGUGCAAUCAAUAGAGGCAUCCACAACAGAGCCAUCAACAACAGAACCAUCAACGACUCAGACGAGAAAUACUACUGCUACAACGACAACAAAUGAUACAAAAGAACGACGAGGAUCAAAACAAAAUGCAUCACAACGACAAUGGACAGAAAACGAAUUACCUCCUCGUCCUUUAGGUAGAAUCAAGGCUGGUCUUGGUCGACUGAUAGGACGUGAACAUUCAUCAACUACCUCCUCAUCUGACCACCAUGGAACUGUUCUUUAAUCAUAUAUUCCCAAUCUUUCUCUCUAUCAAUGCACGUACACGGUCAUGCUCAAAUAUAUUUACAUACAUACACAUACAUACAUCUUUAUCACACACACACAUAUAUUCAUGAUUAUUGCCAAUGUUUCUUAUUCAUCAUAGUACCGUAUUUUAUUUUAUUCCAUAUUUUUCUCUAUUCUAUAUCAUCAUAAGUAUAUUAUUAUCAUAUUUUUUUUUCUUUCUUUCUUUUGACAGCACUUGAAUAAUAAAAACUUUUUUUCAAUAAAAUUCUUUUCUUUAUUAAAAAAGU